AUGGGUACUGGGUUCAGUAGCGCUUUCAAAGUUGCACGUAUUUUGGGAUCGUUUCCCUUUGACGACACAUACCAAUAUUUAACUAAUGCUCCAAUCAGCAUCACCAGCCAGCUGUGGGACCUGAUGCGGGUACUGACCAUCUUGUUACGAGAGACAACCAAAAGAUACGACGAAGAUUCCAUCAGAGCCUUAGAAAGGAUAACAAGUUAUGGAGAAUACAUCAACGAUAUCUAUGGUCCAUUACUGUUCUUCAUUGUGCCAGUUUAUGAACUUGAUGGGAGUCCUAACCAUCCUGAUCCGACUGACUACCGAAGCAUACGACGAAGGUUCCAUCAAUGCCUUAGCGAGGAUGUCAACUUAUGCCAGUUUAUGAACUUGAUGGGAGUCCUAACCAUCCUGAUCCGACUGACUACCGAAGCAUACGACGAAGGUUCCAUCAAUGCCUUAGCAAGGAUGUCAACUUAUGGUGAAUACAUGAGCGAAAUCUACGGGCCAUUUUUAUUCAUCAUGGUGGAAGAAGAAUCGGAUCAGUAUACUACAAAUAUCUAUCUCGCUGCAUUGAUGUUAUCUAAUGCUCCAAUCAGCAUCACCAGCCAGCUGUUGGACCUGAUGCGUGUACUGACCAUCUUGUUACGAGAGACCACCAAAAGAUACGACGAAGGUUCCAUCAAAGCCUUAGAAAGGAUAUCAAGUUAUGGAGAAUACAUCAACGAUAUCUAUGGGAUAGUGUUGUGGUUUGCCAUCAUGGACCAUGAAAUUUCCCCGAGAAGUGUAUAUAUCGUGAUAAAAGUAAUACUCUUAUCCAAUUUUACCAUCAGCAUCAGCAGCCAGCUGUGGGACCUGAUGCAGAUACUGACCAUCUUGUUCCGGGAGACCACCAAAGAAUACGAUGAAGGUUCCAUCAGAGCCUUAGAAAGAAUUAACUUCCUUAGAAGUAAUACUCUGGAUUGCCUUCAUGGACGGUGGCUUUUCCAUCAAGAAUAUAUUAACCGGGGUGAUGGGAAUUCUUUCAUGCAAUUCUACACUAAGUACCAGCAGUCAGCUGUGGGACCUCAUGAAGGUGCUAACCAUCUUGCUCCAAUAGACCACCAAAGGAUACGAUGA